AUGAAUUUUGGCAGCUCCAGCUGGGGCAGCUCGACCGGAUUCGGCAACAGUGCCAAUUCGAGCAACCCGGCAGCCGGAUCCACGAAUCCUGGCGGUGGCUUAUUUGGCAAUUCGUCUACUCAAAACAACAACACUACAUCAGCAAACCCAGGACUGGGAGCUCUGAGCGGCGGUCUUUUUGGAAAUUCACAGACUGGUUCCAACAAGAGAGCCAGUACGGGGCUAUUUGGAAACUCUUCCACCCCCCAGCCGUCUGGAGGCCUUUUUGGUAACUCAUCUACGACAUCUCAGGCACCUAGUGGCGGUCUAUUUGGCAAUUCAGGGUCAAAGCCAGGUGGUCUUUUUGGCAAUAGUACUACUCAAGCAGGCCCUACGGCCUCGACGGGUUCAAGCCUUCUUAAUAAACCUAGUGGUGGUCUUUUUGGCAACUCUACAUCAACUAACAAUACAACUACCGCUGGAUCUGGAGGCCUCUUUGGCAACAGCAAUACCUCCAAUGCCUCCAAUCCUUCUGCAGGUGGUGGCUUGUUUGGGAACAAACCAGCUGGCGGGCUCUUUGGGUCGUCAAAUGAAACAUUAAACAAACCAGCAACAUCAGGGGGACUUUUUGGCAACUCGACCCAGCAGCCACAGCAGGUUUCCGCCAACAAGCCUGACCCAUACAAUAGCAGCCUGAUUUUGUCCACUAUCCAGCAUUCAGCCGAUACAAUGCCUGCUUCGCUCACAGGCUCGCUUUUUGCAAACAGCACGUCCAAUAGACUGGCAUCGGUUUCAGCAUCAUCCAAAGAGCCUCAAAGAAAGUCGUCCUUGCUUGGCAAAUUGGCUCAGACCUUCAAUAUCUUUCGUUACAACACAGAAGCGUCCGGAUCAAAUCUGAGUGUGGGUAAAUUGAAGGGUCUCUUCACCCAGCUGAACUACAUUCGUGAUACCCCACACUCUAGGCUGGAUUACGCAGUUAAGAAACCACAAAAGCGUCUCGCUAGAUUGCCUAUAGAAAACAAGUCCGUUGGUGACGUCAAGCGUCUUGUCAUCCAGUCGAGACCCAGCAAGUUUCACCAAAUCAAUGCCGACAAGGUUUUUAGCGCCAAGAAAAGAAGGGUGUUGAUCCAAUCGCUAGAUGAUAAGCUUACAAGCACGAACUAUGAUGAUCUUCACAACGCUCAGGAUACUCUACAAGAAAAGGAACUGUUCAAGAAAGAAGCGACCCCACAACCUAAGGAGCUGGUCGAUGAGUCCGAGAUUUAUGGUGGCUACUGGUGCUCUCCAUCAAUUGCUGAGCUUGAAAACAUGACUGACGAGCAAUUGUCCUCUGUGGAUAACUUCAUUGUGGGUCGAAAGACAAAGGGCCAGAUCACAUACAUUUUUCCCGUGGAUCUCACGACGAUAUUUGACAGAAGCAGAGCGAACAACGUUCCUGUCUCAUCGAUCAUUUUUGACGAUAUCAUCAAGAUUGAAGACGGCUUUGUCAAGGUCUAUUUCGACUACGAAGCUGCGAAGCCACCUAUAAGUCGAGAGCUUAACGUUCCUGCCAUUAUCACAUUGAAAUCCGAGCCCAGAAAGAGGUCGCUUGAAGAUCACAUAAAGCGCUUGAAAAACGUCGUGGGUGCAGAGUUUAUCACCUACGACCCUAUUGAGUUCUACUGGACUUUUAAAGUCAAGCACUUCAGUGUAUGGGGCUUGAUUGAUGAUAGCGAAGACGAGGCUGACGAAUCAGCGGAACGUAAGCGUAUACGUGCGGUGAAGAAGAAGCAGGAGGAGCAGGAGGAAGAGUCGUCUCGUGUUUACUCAAGGAUUUAUGAGGAUCCCGCGUACCAAAAGGAGAUCAAGCGCCAGAAGAUUAUAAAACAGAGCGAAGGUGUUCCUGGUGCGUGGGACUAUGGCAGCAUAGCUCAACACGACAACACCUUGUCCAUGAAACAGAGGAUGAUUGAUGAAGAGAUCACGCGACAGGUCAAAGCAUACAAGGAAGAUCACACUGCUGAUGCGUUAGCGGCGAACGUGAGUGACAUCACAGUUCAGUCAAGUGAAGAUGAAGCUGAAGAGGAAGAUGCUCUCAUCCCAGCACCAUUCGCCGAUGACGAAAAGUUCAACUACCUUAAACAGAUUGUCAGCGUCUUGCCUCCUUACACAGACAUGAAGAGUCUUGUCGACGAGAAGGCAUACGAGCCGGUUCUAGAAAGUGAUCAGGCUUUCCUUAAUUUGAAGAGGCCCGUGAACUUGCCAACUUCUGAAGACUGGCUCGUGCAACUCGAGAUGUCUAAUGACUUGAACUCAUCAUUGGCACCAUAUGUGGCUAUCCCUCGCAAGUCUGGCCUGGCACUUCAAAAUGUAAACGACAUUCUUUUUUCGGAUUUCAACAAGAGUUCUGUGGGUAUCGAUCAGGUCUCGACUCCCAUUAAGGAAAAAGCACCCGCUCAGAGUUUUGAGCCGCAACCAACGUUCAACAAAAGAAUCAUCACAUCCCUUGUUCAGACACUUCUACUUAAUUCGCCCGUGACGUCCAGACCAAACGGGCUUCCGUUGACGAAACUUCCACCCAGCAUCACCUUUGCUCAAAUUGCGGCUAUCGACCAGGAGGACUUCGAAACUUUCAAGUUGGCUUCAAUCUUGUUUGACCCCAUCCACAUCGCCAGCAUCCCCAAGUACAAAGAUGUGAAUGAGAAUGAUGGUCAACUUGUUAAUCGUCUUCAGCAGAUUGAGCAGAGAUCAGCGCUUUCCCAAUGGCUUCGAAAAUACAACAAGGAAAAGCUUCAACCCACUGGGGAUGCAUUGCAUAAUAUUUUCAUCAACGUUGUGAACGGUCAAUUGAAGGAGGCCAUUGAACUUGCCAUUUCUUCCAAAAACGUGCAUCUUUCCGUUUUGUUGACCCUUCUCGAUUCCAACGAUAAAGCCGCGAGAGAAAUUGCGAAGUCGCAGCUUGAAGAUUGGCCAUCUGAGGAUAACUUGGUUCCCCAGCCUAUCAUCAACAUUUACCGCAUCUUGAGUGGCGACUUCAGCUCAUUAGAUGGUUUGGUGAGCCCAGCUGCGAAGCUCUCGGUACUUGUGAACUAUGACAGCUCCACGAGAUCAAUCCCAGACCUUUUGGAAGAAGUGAGCUUCGACAGUGAUAAGGGCGAAAUCGCCGAGCUUCUUCAAUUCUACAAAUCUUUUGAGAAGUCAGGACCUAAGCUGGCAAGCCAGCAACUUCAGGAAGCUGGUGUCAGCAUCUUGCUCAAAUGGACUCUCGCUCAACUCUUGGGCCUUGAUUCAAGCACUGGUGACUCAAUUUGCCAGAAGUUCAGCUCAGGCUUGGAACACUCUGGACUCUGGAAAGAAGCGCUCUUCAUCUACGCCAUGAUCUCUGAUGAUAAUGUGGCCUCUGACAACCUCAGGCGUCUCAUCAUGCAGAAUGUCAAGAGCAUCAAGGGCGACGUUGCCGACGAGGAGGAGUACCUUGUUCAAGUGCUCAAGGUCCCAAGAAGCUUGAUUUACGAGGCAGUUGCCGAGCACAGAGACAAGGAGAAGGACUUUUGGGGUAAAGGCGAUGCUCUUGUCACGGCAGAAUUGUGGGACAAGGUCCACGAUAACAUCGUUGCCGAACUUGGCCCCACUUCUGUUAUUCUGAGAAACCCUGCUCAUUGGAGUCGACUUCUAGCCAUGAUCGAUCGCUUCCCAGAACAGGGCCGGAUCAUUCCAUCGUGGAACCAAGGCGGUGGUCUUUUCCUGACCUACUUCGAAGUUCGCCAAGCAUACGACAAGUUUGAGGAUAUUGAUCCCCAGAAGAUUGUCUUCCUUCUCGAGAACAUCGCACAGUUCAGCACCAACGAUCUGUUCAAAAUACGCGCUGCCGUCAGCGUUAUGGUGAAAUUAGCCGGCGACCUCGCUAUAGAAGGCCGUGAACCCAUUCCUGAUGCUCAGCAGAAAAUCCAAGCAGUCAACUUGGGCGAAAACGAAAGGGUCUAUUUCAAAGGCCGUUUUGCAGCCAGUACUUAG